GUGCGAGCCUGGUCGGUCAUCUCAGUAAAAUGCCCCAGAAGAGGGCACAACCGAGAGACGACUACGUCGAGGAAGAAGAAAGGCGAAGCAGUGCUCCACCGGAAUUUUCCUCUCUUCCUCCUGAGAUGAUAAGGGAGAUUCUCCUUCGAUUACCCGCGAAACCGAUCGCACGAUCCAGGUGCGUCUCUAAGCUCUUUCGCUCUCUCUCUUCGGAUCCUGCGUUUGCGAAGAUCCACCUCGAUCUUUCCCUUCGAAACGACGCCUUCCCAUCAAGAGGGUCAAGGCUCAUCGUUUCUUUCCGCCGCAAUGCCUACACGGUAGAUUUCGAUUCCAUCGUUGAUGCGUGCGACGGGAUUAGGGAUUUGGGUGCUAUUGAGAUCCCUGAGCCUCCUGUCAUCUCCAAUCUCGUCUCAUCGUAUUAUCAGGAUGGCUGGGGGGUUGAAUUGGUCGGGUCUUGCAAUGGGUUGGUGUGUACCACUAAUGAAAAAGACGAUGUGUUCUUGUUCAAUCUGACCACUGGAGAAUCUAAGAGAAUUCCGGGUGUGCUCGAAUCUCUAAUGUCGGGGUCCAAAGGGGUGCGAAUCUGGGGGUUCAGGUUUGGGUUUGGGUUUGAUGCCAUAACCGAUGAUUAUAAGUUGGUGGCGCUUGUCGAGGGCGAUGUUCUGAAUAGUUGUGUUUAUUCUCUACAGACAGAUUCUUGGAAAUGGGUCGGAGAUUCGCGUUAUGAAUAUUAUGAUGAUGGUAUUAGGGACAAUGGCCUUCUUGUAAACGGUGCAAUCCACUGGGUUGCAUUGCGUCGAGAGGAUGAUCAGAGAGUUGUAGUGGCGUUCGAUCUAACGACUGAGCAGUUCAAAGACAUGGCUUUACCUGAUGAAGCCAAGGAUUGCCCACACGAGCUUGGGAGAUUUGAGCUCUGUAAACUCAACGGCAGACUCUGCAUGGUUUACAGCUGCUGGGAGAACCACAAUGAUUUCUGGGUGAUGAAUGAGUAUGGGGUGGCUAGCUCUUGGGCCAGAGUUCAGAUCAGCGUGUCAUGCAGUAACAUGAAGCCGCUGUGUUCGGCGCAGCAUAAUGGCGGCCGAGACAUACAUAGAAAGCCUCAUAUCACCAAACUCAUAUGGUAGGGCUUAGCACAAGUAGGAGAACGACUUCCACUGAAUAAAUCACCUGACGAUGAUGAUGAUGGUGGUGGUUCAUAUAGAAGGCUGUUGCAGACACAUAUUGGAGAGUCUUUUAUCAGGAGAAGAUGUGGGCUUCUUUGGUCAUGGAUUACACAAUGUGUUGUGUUUUUCUGUUGGACGGUUAUUAGUUGUUUUCAGUUUAGUAUUGUAAGUGUGGGCUGUUAGUAAUGACUCAGUCAGCUGAUAAAUUGCUAUAUUGUUAGGGAUUGCAGAUUGUUGGUUGUGAUUAUAAAUGAAUGGUUGAUAACUGGUGUA